AUGACACACCUCUGGUCCCGAACUUCAACCAGCCAACCUGUCAUACUUCUAAUAAGAUUCGCCUUCACUUAUGCGGACGGUCUGAAGCACUGGAUUCGGCUGAAAGCCUGGUACUCAUACUGGCUGGCCGCAGUAAAGUUUCCAUGUCAUGGAUAUAUGAGCACUACAACAUGGUUUGCUUGGUUCAUAGAUGUUGGACGUUGUGCUCUUUUCAGCCCUCUGCUCGAACAUCCGUGCCCUGCGUUGUGCUCUCUGAUAUGGUCCUUUUGUCUUGCCAGGUCAGAUCCCCACUUAUGCCACCUCACCCCUCCAUCCGAGUGCAGCACGACUCCCGAGGCAGAUAAUAUCCCCGGGCCCCUUGGACCCGUCACCCGUGCAUUCGCAACUGCCAACAGCACAGCUCUCACCGGGAAAAUACUAUCGAAUACCACCUUGGGUAUUGGCACCAUUUUCUACCGUCUCCGCCAUUAUAGUCUUUCACACCGCCAGGAUCAGAACGCAUACUACCAGCACAUGCUCUUCAACGGAGGUCUUCGGUAUCUUCACACACCUCAGCUUUCCCCCAUGGCUGAAAAUGCUGACCGAACAUUGUCAUCUGACGGAACUGGGUUCCCAACCUGGCAGAGACGGGAGGGCCAGACGGGAAGGGCACACCUCUACCUGCGUAGAUCAAGCUGGAGCUCGCGCACACCAGGGCCCCAGAGGGGAGAGGGGUGUGGGUCCAUGGCCCGUCAACGGACCCAAUCAUGUCACGUCGUUUCUGGCGCUGGAGACAAGGAGACCAGGCAACCGCCGGCCGUUCUCGAUGCGAGAGUCAUCCAAUCUGUCGACCGGUCACGCCUCUCUCGAGACAGCUUCAACAGCUGCCCAACCAAGUUUGCAACAUACCUCUUGACCUCAAAAUCGCUCAUAUACCCAACCCCCUUUGAGGAGCUUUCCACCUAA